UCUGGGCUGGUUUUCCUUACAGGUUACAUAAGGACAGGCUCGAUCUUUCUGGCCCAAACUCAGGACCGGCUGAUCUCCCUGAAGCGCAUCAACUCGAGGCUGAAUGUCAUAGGCAUCCCUUCUGAGAUCAUCUCCCCCAAGAAAGUCGCCGAACUUCACCCUCUCCUCAACGUGCACGACCUGGUGGGGGCCAUGCAUGUUCCCGAGGAUGCAGUGGUGUCCUCUGCUGAUGUGGCUCUCGCCCUGGCAAGUGCUGCCUCCCAAAAUGGUGUUCAGAUCUAUGACCGGACAAGCGUUCUUCAUGUAAUGGUCAAGAAAGGUCAGGUUACUGGUGUGGAGACAGAUAAAGGACAGAUCGAGUGCCAGUAUUUUGUCAACUGUGCUGGUCAGUGGGCAUACGAGCUGGGUCUGUCCAACGAGGAGCCGGUUAGUAUCCCGUUACAUGCCUGCGAACACUUCUACCUUCUGACUCGCCCCUUGGAGACCCCUCUGCAGAGCAACACACCAACUAUUGUGGAUGCUGAUGGAAGAAUUUAUAUCCGGAACUGGCAGGGUGGCAUCUUGUCUGGGGGCUUUGAGAAGAACCCGAAGCCAAUCUUCACUGAGGGCAAGAACCAGCUGGAGAUUCAGAAUCUGCAGGAAGACUGGGAUCACUUUGAGCCCCUGCUGAGUUCCCUCCUGCGGCGCAUGCCUGAACUGGACACUCUGGAGAUCAUGAAGUUGGUGAACUGCCCCGAGACCUUCACCCCAGACAUGAGGUGCAUCCUGGGCGAGUCUCCUUUGGUGCAGGGCUACUUUGUCCUGGCAGGAAUGAACUCUGCUGGCAUCUCCUUUGGUGGAGGGGCUGGGAGGUACCUCGCCGAAUGGAUGGUGCACGGUUAUCCCUCAGAAAACAUCUGGGAACUGGACCUGAAGCGUUUUGGAGCACUCCAGAGCAGCCGCACCUUUUUGCGCCACCGGGUCAUGGAAGUCAUGCCUCUGCUGUAUGACCUGAAGGUUCCCCGUUGGGACUUCCAGACCGGGAGGCAGUUGCGCACCUCUCCUCUCUAUGACCGGCUGGAUGCACAAGGAGCCAGGUGGAUGGAGAAACAUGGAUUUGAGAGACCAAAGUACUUUGUGCCACCGGACAAGGACCUCCUAGCACUGGAGCAGAGCAAGACUUUCUAUAAGCCAGACUGGUUCGACAUUGUGGAAUCUGAAGUCAAGUGCUGUAAGGAGGCCGUGUGUGUCAUCGACAUGUCUUCUUUCACAAAGUUUGAAAUAACAUCCACCGGGGACCAGGCACUGGAAGUUCUACAGUACCUCUUCUCCAAUGACCUGGAUGUGCCCGUGGGCCACAUUGUGCACACCGGCAUGCUCAACGAGGGCGGGGGCUACGAGAAUGACUGCAGUAUAGCGCGCCUGAGCAAGCGCAGCUUCUUCAUGAUUUCCCCAACCGACCAGCAGGUCCACUGUUGGGCCUGGCUUAAGAAACAUAUGCCAGAAGAUAGCAACCUGCUCCUGGAGGACGUCACCUGGAAAUACACUGCCCUCAAUCUGAUUGGUCCUCGGGCUGUGGAUGUGUUGUCUGAGCUGUCCUAUGCUCCUAUGACUCCAGACCACUUCCCAAGUCUGUUUUGCAAGGAGAUGAGUGUGGGCUACGCGAAUGGGAUCCGGGUGAUGAGCAUGACUCACACAGGAGAGCCGGGAUUCAUGCUUUAUAUCCCCAUUGAGUAUGCCCUGCAUGUGUACAACGAAGUGAUGAGUGUUGGGCAGAAAUACGGAAUCCGGAAUGCUGGGUACUAUGCUCUUCGUAGUCUUCGAAUUGAGAAGUUUUUUGCCUUCUGGGGUCAGGAUCUAAAUACCCUCACCACCCCCCUGGAAUGUGGACGAGAGUCUCGGGUAAAACUGGAGAAGGGGAUGGAUUUCAUGGGCCGAGAUGCCCUGCUGCAGCAGAAGCAGAACGGAGUGUACAAACGCCUCACCAUGUUCAUCCUGGACGAUCACGACACAGACCUGGACCUCUGGCCCUGGUGGGGAGAGCCCAUUUACCGCAACGGGCAGUACGCGGGCAAGACUACCAGCAGCGCCUACAGCUACACCCUGGAGCGCCACGUCUGCCUGGGCUUUGUGCACAACUUUUCCGAGGACACUGGAGAAGAACAGGUGGUGACAGCAGAUUUCAUCAACCGGGGAGAAUAUGAGAUUGACAUCGCAGGACACCGGUUUCAGGCCAAGGCCAAGCUCUACCCAGUCACCUCACUCUUCACCCACAAGCGCCGAAAGGAUGACGUGGAGCUGAGUGACUUGCACGGGAAGUAAUGGCCGCCAGUCUUGCUUGCCCGCCUGCCCCCUACUGCAGGGCCCCUCCUCCUCCUGGUCCCGCUCUCAGCUCCUUGAUGGGAUCUUUAACCUACCAGCUUUUAAAUCUUUUGCUUUGCAACCUCUCUCCUCCUUCCCCCUUCCCUUAUCCCUUCUGCAGUCUCCAUCUGAUGCCACUCUGGGCUCUCCCCCCCUCCCCCCAGCCCCAUGGUGACACGAAGCCUGACAGGCAGGACAGGCGCAAACUCCACUUUGGAAAUAGGUAACCAUGGCAGUCUGAUUUCUCCUGCUGUGUUUCGAAGCCAGGGAGGCUGGUGGUGUGCAGGCCUCAGGGCAAGAGUCCAGCUCCGUGAGGCCACCUUGCCUCGGAGUAACCUGUUUGUUUUGGAGGGUUGCUGUGGGUUUCAGUCGGCCCUGGGCAAAAGCCUGUGCCGUUGAGCCGGGCAGAUCAUUCUCUUCCAUCGUGCCGUGGGUUGGCACCCUGAUACCUCUGGCAAGAGGAUGACCAUCUACCUCACUCACGAGAGGCGCCACAUGGACGUUACCUGGUCUGUAGUCAAUGGUUAAUCUGGCUCCCUCCUGGCCUCCCUACCGACCCAGUUACUAGACUGUCAGGCCAGGGCCCCCUGCCUAAAAUUUUCAUGUCUCACUCAUUUCUCAGAGGGUUGGAGGCCUCUGUAAAGAAGCCAGUGUUUAAAAGGGAAAACCAUGUUGCCUUUUGUGUUGCUUUUCCCAGCUGAAUGGGUCUGAUCUCAGAAGAUGGCCCUGAGGUGGUUUUCUGCUGCUAGAAUGCUGCUGCUGCUGCUCUAUGCUGUCGCCCCAGCCUGACCCCCCCCUCUUCCCCAAGCACAUGCGACUUGGUCUGUCCUCCCUCGCCUGGCCCAUUGUAGCCAGCUGGCUCGCUCAGCAACUAGUACUGUACUGGGGAGGAACCAAACCUUGCUGGCUGUGCUGAGUUCAGGAGAGCUGCUGGCCUCCCGAGUUUUGUUUCCUCUGGCCCAGAACAGACAUGUCCACACAGAGGUGGCCCACCUGAGUGUGCAGAGGAUUUUUUUUUUUUUUUUUUUUUUUUGUGCAGAGGAUUCUGAGUGUGGAGGGUAUAUAUUGUGAAUGGGGUGGCCAGCUAGCCCACAGUCUGGGUCUCCAAUGGGAAAAGUGUGGGGGUGGGGGUAGGGGUACGAGAAGGCCCUCCACACUUUUAGACGGGGUCUGUUUCCUAAGGGGUGAGAGACCAUCACAGACCACUACCCAGCCUUUGCUGUUACUGAUUUUAAACUGUUGUCUUGGUACCUUAGAAGCAUUAGCUCUGAGAGAUCUUUAAGUAUCCUAAACAAGGGCCUUUUGUUUUUUGAGCAGCUUACAGUUCUCAGGUGUGUCUGUCUGUGGCAUUUCUUGGGAUCAGUUUACCCACUUCAUCAGAGAGAUUCCUUCUACACUCCCCAGCCAGACAAUCCCUACUUGAUCAUUGACAGCCGUGUCCGCUUUUUAAAGAAAGGCUUUAGUUGAUUUAUUAAGGGAGUAGGUAGGUAGAGGUCUGUUUGCUGAGCGAUGCUCCUUGAGGUAGGGAGUAGCGAAGGGGAGAGGUGCGGCCCCGCUGGAGAGCAGAGGGCAGCCGUUGUGAUGAGCAGGAACCAGGCACCGGGGCCUCACUGACCAAGGAAGAUGGAAACAGGCAAUGAGGCACUGAAGGUAUCCCAUGCUCCGCACCACACUCCUCCUCGUAAAUAUUUGGGGUUGAAUCUAAAAGACCAUUCUAGACUUAUGUGUAAGUUACAUCUUGUCCAUAAAUAGGGGUCACACUUUUAAGACUCUGGCGAGAUGUUAAUUUUCUGAGGCAUCACUUUAGUGCCCUGACAUACACACUUUGCUUUUAGCUCCUUAAAACUCACUCUUGAAAUCUCUUUCGGUUAAUUCAGGUAUUGACAAUAUGAAUCUGGUAGUUUCUCUCUUUGGUCCUAACACUGAAGAGGGUGACUCUCCUGUCUCCAGCAGAGCUGACGGUCAGAACAUUGUCAUUCCUGGGGCAGCAGGGCCACGUGUGCUGGGCCUUGUGUGACACACACAUUUACCUUGUGUGACCGCUCAUCUCUUCCUAGAGAUUUGUGGGAUUUGGAUUCCUGAGAAUUGUCAGCAGGACUCUGGUUUCAGGUUGCUGGUCCUUUUUCUCUCUGAAAUGAUCCAUGGUCCCCUCUUGUGCUCUCUUCAGGCAAGGGUUCUGCUCUUUUCCUUUUGAACCUAGAAACACAAAGCGUAGGCAGGACCUGCGACAGUAAAGAGAACCAAACAAUUCCCACUACAUUUCUAGUGCUCUGCCGUGGUGGGGGCUGUACCCCCUAAUACAAGAGCUGCCAUUCAAGCCAGGGACCCAGAGACCAUGAAGCUCGGGGAUUAAUCUCAGUUGUCCCAUUUCUGCAGGAGGGGAGCCUGGUCACUUGGCUUCUCACCAGAAGUCCUGUUCCGGGAUUUUACCUUCUUGUACAGACCAGCAGUUCCAUUACCUUGCCUCUGAGUGUACCUGAGACAUUACCCUACCACCAGCACGGAUGUAGCAGGAAUGACAGCAGCUUUUGGAAGGUGGUUUUGCUUCACUGAAGAGCUCACCUACCACCCUGCUCUGUUCAUCCUCUGCCUGACACACAUGCUGGCAUCUGAGUGAGUCUUCCCCCUCCUCUGAGAACCUAAGGGAGAUAAAAGGGAAUCUUGCAUAACCUGUAGUCUUGGUUCUGCCCCUGGAAGGCUGUGUCCUGGUAGAACUGCACUGGCACACUUUCAGGGUGUGCUAGCAGGUUGAAUUUUCUUUGUAGCUGCUUGGCCAGUAUAACUAGUAAGGAUCUCCUUACAUCCAAGGUGGAGGCUUGGUCACUAGUGCUUAAUACUGAAGAACUUUCUACUGUUUUCAUUUCUUUUUGUGCACCCCCUCUGCACCUGCCUCCCUCCCCAACUUGAUUUAAGCAGCUUUGAUCAGCAUGAUAAAGGGAAGAUUUUCAGGAGUCAAGAACUGUCCUCUGCAGGCACAAGGACUCGGGAGCACACAGCAGAGGGGUGGGAACCGUGGAGGACACGUGAAGGUGGAGGACACAGGAGUGUUACGCACUAGCCAUGCGCUGCUGGGGCUGGGAGCGGGCUCUGGGCCUGCCGGCAGCGCCUCUCCAGCAACCCCCACCUCAGCCUCAUUCACUUUAAGGUGCUGAGUUGUGAGGCUCCCUGUCACCUGUAUGGGGCUUGCAUUUGCAGUCCCUCAUCACUACAAAUGCACUAUUUUUCAAGAGAAUGAAAUAUUUUUCUAUGUGUUUGCCUUCUCUUUGUCCACUAAACAUCAGUUAUUCAUUGUAUAAUAUUCUUGACUUCUCUGAGUAAAGAAUCUACGUCCCUUAGAGAACGCAUUUCUUCGUGGGCUUGCUUUCUCAUUUAGAUGUACCUAUUUUGCCCUUCACAACCCUUUUCUGCCUUCUUGGUGUCCUGUCUCUCAAGGACAGAAAUUAGAAGAGGGUAGGGAGGGUAUUUUUAAUAUCCGUUUCAAAAGAUCUGUGCCAGAUUUCCUGUGUACACCAAGAACUGGAGAUCGGAGCACCUCUCUCCUAGCCCGGUUCUCGUGCCUUACCCCAGAAUGUCCCAUGGUGGGGUGUAGACAGGAAGGUCGAAAAGAAACUCCAAUCUGAGGGCUCCCAUCCACUGCACCAUAACCUCCGUUCCCUAGACCAACAGGUGUGGGGUAGAAAGUUUCUGAGGCUUCUUCCAUUCAAGGGGUUUCUAGCAGCACAGUUACCACUUUAAGAAAUGCCAUUAUAAUUAUUGUACAGGGCUGUAACUCCUUUAUGUUUGUAAAUGUGCGGUCCGCUCAGCCCCUCUCUACACAUGUAGUGUCAGCUUGUGGUGCUGAAGAUAAUCUGAGGCGCUUUAGGGGAUGGGAUUUUUCUUAAGAGCUCUGGUGACUUUAGGUAUCUGGGGUGACUGAGCAUUUCUGCCUCCACGAAUGCCGUAUUAACAUUGUACACUGUGUUUCUAUCAAGCCAGAUUCCAAUUCAGAUUUCCAUGUCACUAAGUUUGUAAAUGAAUAAAUAGACAUUUUAAUUA